AUGGCUGCGUCAUUUGUAGGUGGAGCUCUUCUCUCUGCUGCCUUCAAUGUGCUUUUGGAGAGAUUAACGCUUGAGCUGACAGAUUUGAUCAACAAAAUCGGAGGAAAGAAGCGGGAUCACAAGUUGCUUAAUCAUUUGAAGCCAUCCUUGAUUGCUGCAAGAGCUGUGCUCAACGAUGCAGAACUCAAACAAUUCACGGAUCCUGCUGUGAAAGAUUGGCUAGAUGAACUCAAAGAUGCUGUUUAUGACUUGGAAGACUUGAUGGAUGAGAUUUCCACCCGAGCUGCCACUCAGAAAAAGGUGAGCUAUUUCUCCUUUGCGCCUCUUAGUUUGGGAGAUACAAGCAUGGCAAAUAAGUUAGAAGUUAUCAGCGAUAGAAUUGAAUAUAUUGUGGGGCAAAAAGAUGCUCUUGAUUUGAAGAAGACAACUGGAACGGGUCCGGAAACUCUGUCCUGGAGGUCUCCAGUUACAUCUCAUGUGGAAGUCUUUGAAGUGUAUGGGAGGACGAAAGAAAAAGAAGAUAUAAUUAGGCUGAUGUUUAGUGGUGAGGGUGGUCCGUUGUCUGUAAUUCCCAUUGUGGGCAUGGGCGGGGUAGGAAAGACCACCUUAGUUAAUUUAGUUUAUAAUGAUGUCAAGCAAAAAUUUGAUCUUACUGCAUGGGUUUGUGUUUCUGAAACAUUUGAUCUUUUGAAAAUAGCACAGACCAUAAUAAAAUCUAUCAGUCCUGAUUUUGUCUGUGAUAACUUGGAUUUGAAUCUUCUUCAGCUUCAUCUGGCGGAGAAGUUAGAAAGGAAAACUUUUUUAGUUGUUCUUGAUGAUUUUUGGAAUGACAACUACAAUGAUUGGCAUACUUUGAAGACUUUGCUUCACAAUGGACUGGAAGGAUGUAAAAUUCUUGUUACAACUCGCCUAGAACGUGUUGCCUUGAUGGUCAAAACAAUCUCAUCAUUUUAUUGCCUAGAUAUCAUGUCCGACAAAGAUUGUUUGUCAAUUUUUGCUACACAUGCUUUCUAUUGUAAAGAUUCAACUGUGAAUUCAUGCUUAGAAAAAAUUGAAAGUGAUGUUGCUAGUAAGUGUAAAGGAUUGCCUUUGGCUGCAAAAGUGCUUGGGGGACUUUUUCGAUCAAAGCCUCACUUUGAAGACUGGAAUAAUAUAUUAAAAGAAUCGAUGUGGGAUUCAUUGGACGAUAAGAUCAUUCCAGCUCUGAGAGUCAGUUAUUAUUAUCUCCCUCCCAAUUUAAAACAAUGCUUUGCUUUUUGUUCUUUAUUCUCGGAGGAUUAUCAAUUUGAUAAGGAAGAAUUAAUGUUGAUGUGGAUGGCAGAAGGUUUCUUGCAACCGUCAAAGCAAAACAUGACUUUAGAAGAAGUUGGUCAAGAGUACUUUGAUGAUUUAACUUCAAGAUCAUUCUUUCAACCCUUAUUGCCUAAAAAUGAUAUGUCCUUUGGGAUGCAUGAUCUCAUUCAUGAGUUAGCAACUCAUGUUGCUGGAGACUUUUACUUUAGAUUAGGGGAGAAUGGAAACAAAAUUGGUAAUAAGACACGUCAUUUAUCUUGCAACUUUCAAUAUUAUCCAUGCUUAAGUCGUGAAGUUUUUCAAAAAUCAAAAGGCUUACGAACAUUUAUAGGAUUGGAUUUUUUCAAUGUCCCUAGGUCUAUUGGAAAUGCUUCUCAUAUUGUAUCAUCAAAUUUGAAGCACUUGCGGAUGCUGUCACUUGAGGGUUUGCGGUCCUUAAAGAUAGUUCCUUACUUAAUCGGGGAAUUUAUCCAUUUGCGCUAUUUGAAUCUAUCAUUUACAAGUAUUAGAAGUUUGCCUAAUUCAAUCUGCAAGUUGUUUAAUUUACAGAUGUUGAAGUUGCGUGGAUGUUCAUAUCUUGAGAUGCUACCAAGUGACAUGAAAGAUCUUGUAAAUCUUCGUUAUUUGGAUCUAUCUUUCUCAAAGAAGAUCGUAAGUUUGCCUGACUCAUUGUGCGAAUUAUACAAUCUACAAACAUUGCAGUUGCCAUGUUGUGAUUCUUUGAAGAUGCUGCCAAGAGAUAUGCAAGAUCUUGUAAACUUGCAACAUCUUGAUGUAAGAGGCACUAACUUGAAAGAAAUGCCGAGGGGAUUGGGUAGCUUAAAAGAUUUGAAAAUUUUGAGUAAAUAUGUUGUGGGCGAAGACCAAGGGACCAGAAUUGGAGAAUUGGGAGGAAUGUCAAAUUUGAAGGGUUGGAUUGAAAUUAGUAAAUUGGAGAUUGUCAAGAAUGGAAAAGAAGCGUACGAGGCGAGGAUGACGGAGAAGAAGCACAUUAAAGGGUUAACAUUAUCAUGGUCUAGAGAUGGUGACGUGGAAGACACACGAAUUGAGAGAGAUAUUUUGGGAAAUCUUCAACCUUAUUGGAAUUUAGAAGAUUUGGAAAUUAGAAAUUAUAGGGGCACAAUAUUUCCGGAUUGGUUAGGAAGCCAUCACUACUGGAACAUGACUAUGUUGCAAUUGGUAGGGUGCAAAAACUGUUGCAUGCUUCCAACCCUUGGACGGCUCCCCGCUCUAAAGGAAUUAAGAAUUAAUGGAUUAAAUGGGGUAAAAAGAAUUGGUGAUGAGUUGUUGAAGGGAGAUGAUUGUGCUUCCAUAAUACCAUUUCCAUCCCUUGAAGUUCUCGAUUUUUCUUCGAUGAGUUCAUGGGAACAAUGGCAUUCCAUUAACAUGGAAGCUUUCCCUAAGCUCCAAAUACUCAGAAUAUACGAUUGCCCCAAGUUAAUUGGAAAUUUACCUCGCCAGUUGCUUUCUUUAGAAACUCUGGAGAUUGAUCGUUGUCCAUUUUUUUGUUCUAGUAUUCCGAGGUGUCCCAAACUUCAGAAACUAGCGAUAGAUGGAAGUGAAAAUGUGGGGUGGCAAGAGCAAGAGUUACCUUCAUGCCUUUGCGAGCGAGAGAUUGCAGGAUGUCGGAUGUUGGAAUCAAUGGCAGAGCCACUCUCCAAACAUUCGCAUUUACGACAAUUAACUAUCACUGGUUGCUCUAAUAUAUCACCUCCAAUUAUUCAUUUGCCCCAGUCAUUACAAUAUUUACGGGUACGAUUGUGUGAAAAUGUUGAUUUUGUGAUGAGUUCAACUGCUCCUCUUCAAAAUCUCCAGUCUAUCAGUAUUGCAUUGUGUAAUUUUGUGAAAUUUAUGUGGGAUGACAUGGAAGGCCUUCUCCCGAAUUUAAGAAAGCUAAGCAUUGAGCAUUGUGACGAGAUGGAAGCAUUUCCAGAAGGGAUCCUUGUGGCAAGUUUGAGGGAACUUAUUAUUGUAGGGAGUAGUAAGCUAUUAUCCCGUCAAGCAGAGUGGCACCUCCCAAGUAAUAUCACUUACCUUCGUAUGUAUCGCUAUAGUAAAGUGAAGUGUUUCCCAGAGGGGUGUUUUCUUCCUGCCACUCUAACCACCCUAGAACUCAAUGGCUUUGAUUGCUUGGAGACAUUGCAUUGCACAGGACUUCAACACCUAACCUCUCUCCAACGUCUAAAGAUCAUGUGGUGUCCCAAGCUGGAGAAAAUGUCAGGAGAAAAGCUGCCUGCUUCUUUAAGAAAGCUUCACAUCUGGGGAUGUCCGUUGCUUGAAGAAAAAUACCACAGCAAGGAUGAACAAUUUUUCCGCCAGAUAUCUCACAUCCCAAACAUCAAUCUAUUCACGGUAUGAGAUACAAUUAAUUAUGGAUCAGAUAGAGUCCAACAUGGUUAGUUCUAAUUGGUAAAAGCAAACCCAAUGCUUCUUCUUUGCAAGGGGUAAUGCUGCAAUUAAG